UCUUAUGUAUUUUUGUCGAUUGCACGCAUGCUGGUAGCCGGUGGAAACAUUGAAUUGACAGUAGCCUACAGUAACCUACACCUUGGAGAAAGAUAUACCGGACAAGUCGUUUUGUUAUUUGUAAUUGUAGCCUGAUGUUCACCAGACACAUGCUACGUGACGAUUUGUGUCAUCGGUAGAUGAACCCUGUAAUUCGGCUAGCCAAGACUAGGUAUUUUAUUAGUCAGCUUCUAUAGCUGCACUAUCAUCGGCUGCUGCUAUCAAGUGCUAGCUAGCGGCGCUACCUAGCACUAAAUUAGUGACUAAUACUAAUAGCGCUAGUAGUGCUCUAACAUCAACGAGACUUUGAACUGUUAGCUAGUCUAACUGACUUGAUCCUACUGAUUAGCUAACUUAACUACUGUAGCUGGACUUCAGUUUGCUUCAUUAUCAUGAAACAGUAUAUAUCGACGUAUUAUAAUGCUAACAUAAGCUAACUAGCUGUCAAAGAGACUUUGACCCAGACCUGUCGAAAUUUGUACCUAGCUAGCUACACCAUGCAAACUACAAGUCAAUAGCUGGAUAGCUCUUAACUGUGCUGAAAUUACCAAGCCAAGGCUAGUCAGAGUCGUGACUGUUGCGUGCAGGCUGCAGCAAAACAAGGAGAAUCAUGAUUCCUCGGCCGAGUAAAGAGUUUUUUGUUCGGAUGUCCUUCUACUGGAAACCACUGUUCCGUGGAAGGUUUCUUAUCCUAACGAACACUUUCAGCGGGGGUGGUAUGCUGGCCCUUGGAGACAUUUUACAGCAAACCAGGGAGAAACAAAGAGACCCUGAGAGAAUUCGGGACUGGAGUAGAACAGGUCGCAUGUUUGCCGUUGGGUGCUCCAUGGGACCUGUACUGCACUACUGGUAUUCCUGGUUGGACAAGAUCUACGUUGGCAAAGCUAUACGAACAGUUGGGAAGAAAGUGUUGGUGGACCAACUGAUUGCAUCUCCAACCCUUGGUGCUUGGUACUUUGUAGGGAUGUCAGUAAUAGAAGGACACACAGCAACUAAAGGCUGGGAGGAAUUCAAAGACAAAUUCUGGGAGUUCAUUAAGGCUGACUGGUGUGUCUGGCCUGCUGCACAGAUGAUAAACUUCUAUUUUCUCUCACCCAAAUUCCGGGUCCUCUAUGUGAACACAAUCACCUUAGGUUGGGACACCUACCUCUCCUACCUCAAACACAGAGAUGAUGGACAACCAGGAAAGGUCUCAGACAUGGGUCUCAUGGAGGUGACGCAGGAGGUUGUUGGGUCACCACCUCCCCCCAAACCUCUAGAGGAGAGUGUGUGAAAGUCCUACAACAAAAACUCCAAAGUUCUAUUUGGGAUUUUCUUUUCCUGGAACAGUUUUCCCUUGCAUGGGUAUACUUUCAAUUGGUUAAUAUGAUAUUUAUUUUUACAUGUACAUUUAAUCCCAAACUGUUGUCCAACACCUUUUAAAAUCAGGGAUCAAAUGCUUGUCAUGCUGCCUCUUAGACUGACCACAACAUGGAGAAUGAUCAUACAUAUCAAUGACAUUGGUUCUUUAUUUAAUCAUUACUUCUGUCAAACUAUAAUCAGCUGAUUUUUACAGUAUGAUAUUCAAUCUUGCCUUACAAUGUGGUCCUUACCUGUUACAUUCUGUCACUGUGCCAAAUAUUCACUCCCUUUUUUUAUAGGGUCUCUUUUUGAAUAUGUUUGACUAAAAUAUUUAUAAUUUAUUUAACAUCGGCUUGAAAGUGACACUCUUGAAACAUAAGUUUUGGGUGUUUUUAGAAUUGAUAAGACUUGACUUAAUGCAUCUGUUUUCUUUAUAGGUUACAUUUGUAAACUUGAGCAAUUAAAGUAACGCACAUAAUGUAUAUAACAAUGUUGAUUAAUCAAAAUAUGUAUUAUUUUGGACAUAAAGAAUACCUUUUAGAAAAACAUGAAUUAUGAAAUGCUUUUCCAUGUACUGCUCUUCUUUUUUUGAAAAAAGUCAGAAACAUUUGUGAGAAUUCAAUUCUUAACAUAAUCUUCUAAAUAUGUUUUAAUUAAACAUGCCUAAAAAUCUAAUCUGUUUGGUAUACACUUAGCAAGUGAUAAGAUCCAAUAAUGUAUUUUUCUUCCAACCUGAAUUUAGUUGAGCAAUACUGUGUAUAAACAUAUAGAUGAUUAAGAUGUACACUGAUAAAAACAAAUUAAAUUAUGAUUAAAUGGAAAUGUACAUGGUGGUAC